CACUCCCUUUCUGGCACAUCACACACCUGCAGCCCCACCUCUUUUCCUGCAGACUCUCCCAAAACUUUCCAGAAACCAAACACCCUCCAGGCUCUCCGCUCCAGACUCCAGACUCUUUUCUCCAGACUCCGGACACAGCUGCAUCAUGUCGGGCAUCGCCGCCACCCUGCAGCGCCGCCGGGAGAAGGAUCGGGGAAUCGGCUCGUGCAGCCAGGCGGUGAAGUACCUGAACCAGGACUACGAGGCUCUGCGGCGGCGCUUCCUCGAGUCCGGAAGCCUCUUUAAGGACGACGCGUUCCCGGCGGAGACCUCUUCUCUGGGCUUCAAAGAGCUGGGCGCGGGCUCCUACAAGAUCCGCGGGGUUUCCUGGCAGAGACCGACGGAGUUGACCUCUGACCCCCAGUUCAUCGUCUCCGGAGCCUCCAGGACCGACAUCUGCCAGGGAGCUCUGGGUGACUGCUGGCUGCUCGCCGCCAUUGCCUCUCUGACCCUGAACCAGGAGGUUCUGGCUCGAGUCGUCCCUCAUGGACAGAGCUUCAGAAAAGGAGAGUACGCCGGCAUCUUCCACUUCCAGUUCUGGCAGUUUGGGGAGUGGGUGGACGUGGUGAUUGACGACCGUCUGCCGGUUAAAGAUGGAGAGUUGCUGUUCGUCCACUCGGCCGAGGGGAGGGAGUUCUGGAGCGCUCUGCUGGAGAAAGCCUACGCCAAGUUGAAUGGCUGUUACGAGGCUCUGUCUGGAGGAUCCACCACUGAGGGUUUCGAGGAUUUCACCGGAGGAAUCGCCGAGGUCCACGAGCUGAAACGACCCGAUGCUCAGCUGUUCCACAUCAUCCAGAAAGCUCAGAGCCGCGGCUCACUGAUGGGCUGCUCCAUAGACAUCACGAGCUCGUCUGAGUCGGAGGCCGUCACUUCUCAGAAGCUGGUGAAAGGCCAUGCCUACUCUGUGACCGGCACAGCUCAGGUGGAGCACCAGGGAGAAACAAAGAAGCUGAUCCGGAUCAGGAACCCCUGGGGACAGGUGGAGUGGACCGGAGCCUGGAGCGACAACUCGAUGCAGUGGCGUCAGAUCAGCUCCGAGGACCGCGAGCGUCUGAGUCAUCGCUCCGAGGACGGAGAAUUCUGGAUGUCUUUCACCGACUUCCUGCGACAUUACGACCGUCUGGAGAUCUGCAACCUGACGCCCGACGCCCUGAGCGACGACGCCGUCUCCAAGUGGGCGUUGUCCAAGUUCGACGGGAGCUGGAGGCGCGGAUCCACCGCCGGAGGCUGCAGGAACUACCCAGACACGUUCUGGACCAACCCUCAGUUUGUGAUCCAUCUGGAGGAGGAAGAUGACGACCCGGCCGAUGGCGAGGUCGGCUGCAGUUUCCUGGUCGGUCUGAUCCAGAAGAACCGGCGCCGCGCCCGGAAGCUGGGGGAGGACAUGCACACGGUCGGCUUCGCCAUCUACCAGGUUCCUGAUGAGUUCCGCGAUCAGAGGAACGUCCACCUGAAUAAGAACUACUUCCUGCGUCACGCCUCAGCCGCUCGCUCCGAGACGUUCAUCAACCUGAGGGAGGUGUGCAGCCGCUUCUGUCUGCCGCCCGGAGAAUACCUGAUCGUCCCGUCUACCUUCGAACCGCACAAGAACGGAGACUUCUGCGUCCGCGUCUUCUCCGAGAAACAGGCCGACUUUCAAGAGAUGGACGACCCUGUCGAGAGCAGAGUGGAGACGAUUGAGAUCGAUGAAGACGAUGUGGACGAUCGGUUCAGAAAACUGUUUGGACAGCUGGCUGGAGGGGACUGUGAGAUUUCCUCCUACGAGCUGCAGAAGAUCCUCAACAGAGUGGUGACCAAACGUUCUGACAUUAAGACCAGCGGCUUCAGCAUCACAACAUGUCGCAACAUGGUCAACAUGUUGGACAAAGACGGCAGCGGUAAACUGGGUCUGCUGGAGUUUAAAGUGCUGUGGACCAAAAUCGAGAGCUACCUGAGUGUUUACCGUCAGAAGGACGUGGAUAAUUCAGGGACGAUGAGCUCCACAGAGAUGAGGAUGGCUGUGGAGGAAGCUGGUUUCAGUCUGAACAACGCGCUGCAUCAGAUCCUGGUGGCUCGGUACAGCGAACCAGAUCUCACCAUCGACUUCGACAACUUUGUGGGCUGUCUGGUUCGCCUGGAGACCAUGUUCAACACGUUCUACACGCUGGACAAAGAUAAGUCAGGAAGCGUGGAGCUCAGCAUGAUGGAGUGGCUGAACGUGUCCAUGCUGUGAGGAACCAGAACCGGAUCAGAGCUGAGAUAUAGUCCGGGUGCUGACUGAAGAUUGUUUACAUGUUUAUUAUUAAUCAUGAAGGAGAGCGAUGUUUUAUUACUAAAUGUUCCGUUAUAUACCGGGGUUAAAGUGGGCUGGAACAGCGUUAUUACAUCAAACAAUAAAUCAAGCAGAACAGAAAUAGAAGCCUUGGAGUCAGACUAUGAAUGAGAAACAGAAUGAAUAAUGAAUGGUAGAGAAGGAGGUUCUGCAGAAUAUUCAGUUAUUAAAAGACUCAGUUAUUAAAAGA